AUGGACUCCAUCAAGAACACUGUCAACCAAGCUACUGAGAAGGUCCAGGAGGGUCUCUCUGGCACCAGCAAGGAGGCUAACAAGGAGGUUGCCAAGGAUUCGAACGCCGGCGUAGGCACUCGUGCUUCCGCGGCUAAGGAUGCUGCGUCUGACAAGCUGGACGAGACAAAACACUCUGCCAAGUCUGAGGGUUACUCUGCUCAAAAGUGA